UGUUGGCUGUGCCAAGACAGCGAGGAGGGAGGGGAUGUUUCAAUGGCCGCCACUAACGCUCCAAAAUGCGAAAGUCCGGAUUACCCACUACAUUUACACCGUGCUUGAAUGCUCAAGAUUGUUUUGUUUGGUAACCAACGUUUUCCCUGGAGAAUUUACCGCCUGGGGAUGUGUUUUUAGUCUUGUUUCAAGUGUACGACACGGACUUUAGCCGCUUGGUUUGUCCGCGAGUGGGGGAUCAAGGCCUAGCCGGCUGGCUAACAAACAAGCCUUCGCUGAGCUACUCGCCGGAGUUGAAAGUUCCCAGGUAAUAUGUAACAUAAAGCCGCCAACAUGACAUCCAGAUUUGGUAAAACGUAUAACCGCAAAGGAGGGGAGGCCAACUCAAAGUUCGAGGAGGUCUUCUCCAACAGAAAGCCCACCCUCACCACCAAAUGGGGGGAGACCACCUACAAGGCGCAGCUGGGAGCCAAAAGGCCGCAGCUUAAGUCGGAUGUCCCGGCCGAAUUGUCCAAGAGGCCUCGGCUCGAGGACAGCGACAGCGGGGACGACGACCCUUUCGGUUUCGACAGUGAUGAGGAGUCCAAGGGCGUCGCCGAGGGCGUCGUGGCGAAGGCGGCCACUGUGCCGGGUGCGGGGAACGCGACUGUCGUGACGAUGGCCGCGCACUGCACGACAAGCACGACAGCCAAAAUGACAAGCAAGCCACCACCAGAUGCAAAAGUUGUUGAGAAUAACAAGCUGUGGUGCGCACCAGAGGGCAACCAGAAAGCUGCAAUUGUGGCCUCCUUGUCCAACACAGCCUCCUCAGGGACCCAGAGGACUGCCUUGGCUCAGACUCCUCAAGCUUCCGUCACACAGCCCGCUGAUGUACCGCGUGGCAGCACAGACCUCCACACCUCCUCUCUGAAUGAUGCGCCGCCGCCGGAAGAAAGUUCCGAGCCCCCUCCAGAACCCGUGGACAACAUCCCCCCUUCCCCCUUCACCCUCAGAGCCUCAAACUGCAAGAAAUACCAGCGGCCGAGUCGCUCCAACAAGUUGGUUUCCCACCCCGCUGAAGGAGAAGGCACCGCUGAUGCGGUCGCCGAAGUGGCGGACGUUCAAGGGAAGCCCAACAGUGCCAUUUCUGCCUCCACAAGCAAUGCCGCCGGCACCACCAAAUCAGCGGCCAAGCCAGCCGGGAGGGUGCGGGAUUACACCGUCUUGCACCCCUCCUGUGUGUCUGUGUGCAAUGUCACCAUCCAGGACACCAUAGAGCGGAACGUGGAGGAGCUGGUCACCCCGGCCACACCUGCUGACCUUGGAGAUGCAGGACAGAUGAAGAAGAAGUCUGAUGCUCCACCACCCAAACCUACAAGAUUCAGGCCCACUCAGGUGAAAGCCAAGAAAACCAAGGCCGAGUCAAAGUUGGAGUUCUUUGGCUUCGAGGACGAGGAGGCCCAGGAGGGUGUGGAGUCUUCCGAAGGCGGCGUGGCUGCGGCGGGCAAGAGCAGCUACAAGAUCAAGUACUUUGGUUUUGACGACCUGAGCGAGAGCGACGACAGUGACGACGAUGAGAGCUCGGCCCAGGCCAAGGAGAAGAAGGCCAGGAAGUCUGCGGCAGCUCUGGCCGCUCUGAGCACCAGCGUGGACAGCCCCCACACCAGUGACUCUCAGGACAGCCAGGCCAGCAGCAAUACAGACAAUUUUGACUUCUCUGAUGACUCCAGUCCAGGGGGCACGGAGGGGCAAAAAGGACGCUCAGGGAAGCAAAGCGAAAAAUCCAAGGAGCUCAGCAGUGGUCUGAAAAAGAUCUUCAGCGGGCCCAAAAAGUCCCCUGCCAAGGCGGUGUACAACGCCCGACACUGGAACCAGCCGGAGCCAGAAGAGAUUCCCACGCCGCCCCUGUCCCGAUCUCAAACGGCCCCAGCCAUCUUAUCCAGUAGUGGCGGCAGCAGCAGCAGCAGCAGCAAGGACAGCAACUCCCAUAAAGAUGACGGCUUGUUUAAAGCCCCUCCGCCCCCGCCCAAAGUCAUUAAAUCAGAGACCAUCCCCACGCGACCCUACCAGGAUAUCGUCACAGCUCUCAAAUGCAGGAAGGAGCACAAGGAGCUGUACACCGUGGUGCAGCACGUGAAGCACUUCAACGACGUGGUGGAGUUUGGAGAGAAUCAAGAGUUCACAGACGACUUUGAGUACCUGGAGACGGGCUUGAAGAGCAGUCAGCAGCUCAACACGAGAUGCCUUAGUAUAAUCAGCUUGGCAACAAGGUGUGCCAUGCCCAGCUUCAGGAUGCAUCUGCGAGCCAGAGGGAAGGUGGCGCAGGUCUUCAAAAUGCUCAGUGACGCCGCACAACACCCAAACCUUGCGCUGUGCACGGCUGCCCUCAUGUACAUUUUGAGCCGCGACCGGCUCAACAUGGACCUGGACCGGUCCUGCCUGGAGCUGAUGAUCAAGCUGCUGGAGCUUGACCAGGACUACUCGGCCCACCAGGACCAGCUUACCGCCAAGGAGGUGGAAAAGGUCAAGGAGAAGAUCAGAAAGCUGUGCGAGACAGUGCACAACAAACACCUGGACCUGGAAAACAUCACGACGGGCCACCUCGCUAUGGAGACACUGCUUUCUCUCACUUCCAAGAGAGCAGGUGACUGGUUCAAAGAAGAGCUGAGGCUCCUGGGAGGUUUGGAUCACAUAGUGGACAAAGUAAAAGAAUGCGCGCAAAACCUGAGCCAAGAGGACGACAAGGAGAACCUCGUCGCAUCUUUAUGGGGCGCCGAAAGAUGCCUGAGAGUACUUGAAAGUGUGACUGUGCAGAACCCAGAAAACCAGAGUUACUUGAUUGCCUACAAGGACUCGCAGCUCAUAGUCUCCUCUGCAAGAGCUCUGUGCCACUGCGAGGACAUGAUCCAGCGGUACAGCAGGCCGUUGAACGACAGCUCCCUGACGUUGUCGGCGUCAUCAUUGCCUCACUGUAGCUUCAGCAAUGUGGGCAAGGCAGUGGAGGACUGCAUGAGGGCAGUCAUUGGAGUGCUGCUCAACCUCACACACGACAACGAAUGGGGAAGCACAAAGACUGGUGAGCAGGAUCAGCUCAUCGUAACUGCUCUAAAUUGUGUUCUUCGCGUUCCACGCUACAUCCCGCCAGAGCAGCGCUUUGACGUACGAGUCCUGGGUUUGGGCUUGCUCAUUAAUUUAGUGGAGUACAGCUCCAGAAACCGCCACUGUCUGGUGGACAUGGAGUAUAACAUUGAUGACUUCUGCCUGGAGGACAGCCUUACGCAGGCCGCCGACCAGACACAAGAGGACACAACGGCCACUGCCGAGACUCAGGAAGAUGGAGCGGAGAAGCCCAAGGCCUCUGGAGCUUUGGCUGCCCUGGUGAAGCUCUUCCUGGAAAGAGAGCACGCAGCCAUCCAGGCCGAGGCCAAGACCGACGACCUCAUCAGCGAGGCGCCCAAGCCGCAGGACCAGAGCGGCGAGUGGAAGGAGACCAUGGGGGAGAUCCAGUGGGUGGCAGCUGAAACCAACGACAGCCAGCCUGAAAAGGAGAAUCCAAAGAAGGAGGAGGAGGAUGAAGAGUUGGACCUAAAUAAAGCUCUGCAGCAUGCAGGCAAGCACAUGGAGGACAGCAUAGUGGCCUCCUACACGGCCCUGCUGCUGGGAUGCCUCUGCCAAGGCAGCCAGGUUAACGUGACUACUGUGAGAGAACACCUCCCCAAAGGAGAUUUCUCCAUCAUGACAGAGAUGCUGAAGAAGUUCUUGAAUUUUAUGAACCUCACUUGUUCAGUGGGCACCACGGGGCAGAAGUCCAUCUCCCGGGUCAUUGAAUAUCUGGAGCACCUCUAACAGACGCCCGGCUAGGCUAACACACUGACUGACUGACUGCACACUGAAGGGGGACGCCAAGCAGGCUGCAGCUGGUGAUCACCCAACAGGAGCCGCACAGGGGAGGCGGGGUCUUUCCCUUGACUCCGCCCUCAGACCACACCCAGGGCUGCUGCUGCUGAUGAUGAUGAUGAUGAUGAUGAUGAUGAUGAUGAUGGUAAAAGUUUGAAGAGAACGCACAGCCUUGAACCAAAGCUCGCCGUCAAGAUAGUACGCCGUCGACCGGGGAAGGAUCUCGACGGAGCGUGAACCUCCCCCCCACCCCCCCCCCGAAUGAAAUUUCAUGGAUGGUUACAUUUUUAAUCUUUGCUCAUUCUCAUCAAAGCCAAGAGUGAAAUCACUGAUUAGCAUGAGGAACAAUCACGUUCAUGCAUGCCACAACGAUGUCUCAAUGCAUAUGGAAUCAUUCUUUUUUUUUUUUUAACGACUACACGCAUUCAUUCACCCUCAUGUUUGCAGUUGCCUCGAAUGUCAAGGGAAUGAUAUAGUUCUCACUUUUAUAUUCCCUUGUUGCCCAUUCAUUUCUUUUUUGAGGGCAUUUUUCUUUCCUCACUUUUUUUUUUUUUUUAAUGAAAUGUGGACUGCGUGACCUUUAUUGGAGUGAUGAUGGCUUCAAUGACUUCCCACGUUAUCAACCUGAACAUAUUUUACUUGGUGUGUGUGUGUGUGUGUGUAUGCUUUAGAUUAUUUAAAUUGAAGAAUACAUAGUUUAAAUUUAACCUUACACACAUGAAUUGCUUUGUGCAUUCCCUCCCCACCCCACCACCCCCA